AGAAGCUGAGAGAGAAGCUGAGAGAGAAGCUGAGAGAGAAGCUGAGAGAGAGAGAGAGAGAGAGAGAGAGAGAGGGAAAGAAAGAGAGGGAGGGAGGCUGAGAGAGUGAGAGAGUGUCGCGUCAGUUAGCUGCAGUAGUCGGAGGACAGAGGAGGCAGCAGCAUCACUGCUCACAGCCUCUUAUCAAUCAUCCCAGAGCUUUCGUUCGGGUCCGUCCAGAAACAAGCAGAGAGGACGAGACAGAACCGGUGGAGCUCCGAUACUCUGCAUCAAUCUUCCCAGGUAUCGAGGAUAGUCUCCGUCUUCCAGCAGGACCUCCUUCCUCCUUCUCUCUUACUUGGACCGGCUGGAUUUUCUGGGUCGAGAAGACUGAUGGGGUCGGGGGUCAGGGGGGCACAGACAACCCGCAUGUCCCGCACGUGGACAGGGUGGAGUGGAGUGUACGUGUGCGUAUGGAGACUUGUCUUAGUGUGCUGCGGAAUCCAGACCGUUCCUGCUCAAUCCUCAAGAGACGGCAAGUCAGUGUACUUCUGGGAAACAGGUCCUUGGGGAAGGUGUAUGGGCAGUGAGUGUGGCCCGGGUGGCAGUCAGAGCCGGGCCGUGUGGUGUGCCCAUGUGGAGGGCUGGACCACGCUUCCCACCAACUGCCAGCAGUCAUCACGCCCGGCUAACCAGCAGAGCUGCUUCCGAGUGUGUGACUGGCACCGCGAUCUGUACGAAUGGCAGCUUGGCUCCUGGAACCGGUGCUUGCAUGUAGCACAGCACUCAGGAGGCAGCGGGCACUGUUUACACGCCGAAGCGGGAAUCCAGAAGCGGGAGGUGAGCUGCGUGCUGAGAGCCGACUCUUCUCCAGCCGACAAUUCCAUCUGCGAGUACUUUGAGCCGAGGCCACGGCUGGAGCAGGCCUGUCUGAUUCCCUGCCCGAGGGACUGCGUGGUGUCGCAAUUCAGCCCGUGGACUUCCUGCUCCAAGACGUGCGGUGUGGGACUACAGAAUCGUGCCCGCUCCGUCCUGGCACCGCCGCUGUUCGGAGGCAUGCCAUGUCCUAACCUUACCGAAUUCCGGACAUGCACACCGAGGCACUGUGAGGGAAGGGAAAUGGUCUUUAACUUGCGAUUGGGCUCCUGGAGCGAUUGUCGCCCGCUUCCUGCGCCACCGCCACCACCGCUGUCAUCGACUUCCAUCUCACCGCCUCGUGUAACGCGGCAAGCUCGACGCAGGAAAGGUAAAGAACGGCAGGGUGCGAGGGAUCCAGAGACACGCGAACUCAUCAAGAACAAACGCAACCGCAACAAAUUGAACCGGCCGGACAGCAGCCUGUGGGGCAUUGAGAUGGGAUACCAGGCGCGACAGGUCGUCUGUGUACACCGCAACGGCAGCACCGUGCCUCUCAGUCAGUGCCCCCACUGGAGUCUCCCAGACCUUCACCGCCCAUGCCUGAUGCCUAAAGACUGUGUGGUGGGUGAGUGGGCAGAGUGGACGCCCUGCUCCAAGACUUGUGCCGACCCAGAAGCCCCGACAGGCAUCCGGACCCGCAGCAGAGUGAUCCAGCAGCUCCCGGUGGGAGGAGGAUCCCAGUGUCUGCAGCUGGAGGAACAGCAGCUGUGCGAGCCAGUGGGAGACGGUGUCCCACCUUGUGCCAUCUACACCUGGAGGACGACGGAGUGGGCAGAGUGUCGCGUGGACAUGUUGCUCAGCCAGCAGGACAGACGACGGUCCAAUCAGACGGGGUUAUGUGGAGGCGGUAUGCAGACCAGGGAGGUGUACUGCAUCCGAGCUAACACCGACCCGAUCUCUGACCCGAGCACCAGCCAAGACAAACCAGCACCACAGCCAGUGGACAGCCAGCUGUGCAUGGGUCCGGUGCCGAGUACCAGCCAGAUGUGCCACAUCCCGUGCCCUGUGGAGUGUGAGGUGUCUCCGUGGGGGGCCUGGGGACCGUGUACCUUCGAAAACUGCAAUGAUCAAACCGUCAAGAAAGGUUUCAAAUUCCGGCGGCGAAAGAUCACAAACUUCCCGACAGGCGGCGAGGGCAGCUGUGCUCACCUGGUGGAGGCCAUGCCCUGCGACGAGCCCAGCUGUUACAGCUGGCAGCUGCAAGGCCUGGAGGAGUGUCUUCCCACCGAGGACGCCGUCUGUGGGACAGGAAGUCAGAUUCCGCAGAGCCGCUGUGUAGACGCUGAGGGUAACGAGGUUAAUAAAGAUCUGUGUGAUGAAGCGUCACUCCCCGGACCCGUCUCCUGUGUUGUCCCGUGUCCUAAUGACUGCGUCCUCAGCCCUUGGACGUCCUGGUCCACCUGCUCGCAGACGUGCUCCAGCAAAACAGCCGAGGGCAAGCAGACGAGAACGAGAGCCAUUCUGGCGUACAGCGCUCGAGAAGGAGGCUCCAGCUGUCCGAACGCCAGCGUGCUGCAGGAAAUGAGAAGCUGUAACGAGCAUCCCUGCGUCGUUUACCACUGGCAGACCGGACCCUGGGGGCCAUGCAUCGAGGACACCUCAGUCACCACGCUCAACUCUACCCGGGACACGCCCUCCGAACAGGGCAAAACGUCCUGCGCAACCGGCAUGCAGACCCGUAAAGUCAUCUGCGUCAAGGUCAAUGUGGGACAAGUCCCGCCCAAAAAAUGUCCAGAAACUCCUCGUCCUCCGUCCAUGAGACAGUGUCUUCUGCCUUGUAAGAAGGACUGUGCAGUAACAGCGUUCAGUGAAUGGACGUUAUGUCCUUCGUCCUGUGAAGCAGGACCCAACGGCCAGAAGAACAACCAGUCCCAUUUCCGGGUGAUAACCCAGAAGCCGGCAAAUGGAGGUGUGGACUGUCCUGAGGCUCUGUAUGAAGAGAGAGAGUGUGAGAUCCAGCCUCGUCCUGCCUCACUGUGUCCUGGUUACAGGUGGAAAACACACAAGUGGCGCCGCUGUCAGCUCGUCCCGUGGAGCAUCCGGCAGGAGAGCAGAGGCGCUCAGGAGGGAUGUGGGGCAGGACUCCAGACCAGAGCGGUCUCAUGUCGGCAGCUGGACGGUUCUGUAGCAGACGUAGCCCAGUGUCUGAAGUUUGCGAGCUCCAUGCCGGCAUUAAACCAGCCGUGCCAGCUGCCGUGCCGAGACGACUGCCAGCUCACCAACUGGUCCAAGUUCUCCCCAUGUACUGCCAACUGCGUAGGAGUGCGCACGAGGAAAAGGGCCCUAAUUGGAAAGAGCAAAAAGAAAGACAAGUGCAAGAACAGUCAGAUGUACCCUCUGAGUGAGACGCAGUACUGCCCCUGUGAUAAGUACAAUGCCCAGCCGGUGGGGAACUGGUCCGACUGCAUCCUGCCCGAGGGCCCUGUGGCCGCUCUGGGGUCUCGGGUGCAGGGAGACAACCGGGAGUGUGGACAGGGAUACCGCUACCAGGCCAUGGUGUGCUACGACCAGGACAACAGGCUGGUGGAGACGUCGCGCUGCAACAGUCAUGGAUACAUCGAGGAGGCGUGCAUCAUCCCCUGUCCCUCAGACUGCAAGCUCAGUGAGUGGUCUAGCUGGUCACGCUGCAGUAAGUCCUGCGGCAGCGGGGUCAAAGUUCGUUCCAAGUGGCUCCGGGAGAAACCGUACAAUGGUGGCAGACCCUGCCCCAAGCUGGACCACGUCAAUCAGGCGCAGGUGUACGAGGUGGUGCCAUGCGUGAGCGACUGCUCUCAGUACGUGUGGGUAGCCGAGCCCUGGAGCACAUGGAAAGUCAGCAACGUGGACCUGAAGGAGAACUGCGGUGACGGGGUGCAGACCAGGAAGGUCAGGUGCAUGCUGAACACCGUCGAUGGCCCCACUGACGUGGUGGAGGAUUACCUCUGUGACCCGGAGGAGAUUCCCGCAGGUACACGUGAGAGCAGGCUGCCGUGUCCGGAUCAGUGCGUGCUGUCCGAGUGGAGCUCCUGGACCAACUGCCAGCUGCCUUGUAGUGACCAAGAGGAUCGACAGAGAACAGCUUACGCACUUCGCAUGCCCAGAGAAGGGGAAGAGUGCCCCAAAAGCAUGGAGGCGGAGCCGUGUGUGUUCAACAAGAACUGCUUCCAUUACAGCUACAACAUCACCGACUGGAGCACGUGUCAGUUAAGUGCCAGCGCUGUGUGUGGUAGAGGGCUGAAGACCCGCAUGCUGGACUGCGUGAGAAGUGACGGCAAGUCAGUGGACCUCAGGUUCUGCCAGGAGCUGGGUUUGGAGCGGACGUGGCAGAUGAACGCUUCCUGUACGGUGGAGUGCCCGGUGAACUGCCAGCUCUCGGAGUGGUCAGUGUGGACCGAGUGCUCUCAGACCUGUGGCCUGGACGGGAGAAUGUUGCGCAGGAGGUCAGUGGUCCAGGCGUCUCAGGGUGACGGCAGGCCGUGUCCCUCUCUGAUGGAGCAGUGGAAGCCUUGUCCUGUUCGCCCGUGUUAUCACUGGCACUACAGCGCCUGGUCCGAGUGUCGUGUGGAGGAAGUGGUGUGUGGAGAAGGCAGACGAUUUCGGAAUUUGUCCUGCUUCGUGUCUGACGGUUCCCGAGACGGCCCGGUCAGCACGGUGGAGGAUGAGCUGUGUUCUGGUCUGGAGCUGGCUGUGGAUGGGGAUAAAAAGAUCAUUCUGGAAGAACCGUGCACUUUACCGUGCCCAGGGGACUGUUACCUGAUGGAGUGGUCAGACUGGACCUCGUGUCAGAGUGUGUGUGUGAAAGGUCAGCGUGUGGACCUGAGCGCUGUGCAGGUACGCUCACGAGCCAUCGUCGUACAGGAGCCUGAAAACAUCGGCCAGUGCCCUGAGCAAGAGUGGCAGUCCCGUCCCUGUGCCGACGGCGAGUGUUUCGACUAUAAGUGGGUGAGCGCCUCGCGUUCCGUCUGGUGUGAGCGCUCAGACGGGAUGAACGUCACAGGUGGAUGUCCCCCUACUUUGGCCCCGGGGACCGAGCAGCCGUGUGUCCCGUCCUGUGACAAGCCGCGAUCCAUCUGCUCUAAGGAAGCUGUGUGUGUGUGCGAGGAAGGCUACACCGAGGUUCUGUCUCCUGAAGGUCUUCUGCAGCAGUGUGCUGAGAUCCCAGUGCUGGAGAUUCCUACAGCAGGGAGCAAAAACGAAGACGUGAAGACAAGCCGAGCCGUCGACCCCACCGCCUCCACCACGGACGGGCCGGGACCCACGGGCCGCACCUGGUACCUCAAACCCUUCGGACCCGACGGCAGACUGAAGACGUGGGUUUACGGCGUGGCGGCCGGAGUGUUUGUGCUCCUGGUCUUUAUAGUGUCCAUGGUCUACUUAGCGUGCAGUUACUGCGCCAUGCGCCGCUCUCGGGCCACGCUCGACUCUGCCAGCUGUGCGGCGGUGUGGAUGGGCCGCGACGCUCACGAGCUCACCUUCACCUACCCUGAAUGCCAGCAGCCUGAGUGCAGUGAUGGUUAGGGUUCGCUCCCCUGACCUCCUGAUCUUUUUCGACCUCCUGACCUUUUGACCCCAGUGCCUGUGUGUAUGCGGUUCUGCUUCCCUCCCAGCCUGCAGAGCAAAAAGCCAAAGAAACCACAACGACGACAAAACAACAACAGGCUGAAGCCCCUGACUUUGGCGUACGAUGGCGAUGCUGACAUGUAGCCCUGAUCUCUCUCUCUCUCUCACACACACACACACACACACACACACACUCAGAAAUGCUUAACCAAACUGCUAUUAAUCAAGUCUUUAUUAAUUUAUUAAUUACGCUUAAUUGAAGAAACAAGCAGAAAUUUGAACCAUGAAUCAAACUGUUUUUGCAGCUAAGCUAAACAAAAAAUGUACCUGCAACAAGACUGACACACACACACACACACACACACACACACAUUUUCUUUUCAGAAACAAAUGACGUCACGUCCUCGCGCGUUUGUUCCCUGGACGUCUGGACGUUUUUUUUUUUCCAUCAGAUGAAUCGACACACGGAAUCAAAUCCUGACAAGAGAAAAACAAAUCUUUAAAACGAUUCACGAGUCAAUUGGAUGUUUUAUGGACUUCGAAACAAACUUCUCAUUGUGAAUUUCAGCCUUUCUGUGGAAGGAGGAGUCGCCCUGCGUCCUGCGUUCUCUCUUCUCCUCAUUUCCACGUUAUUGCACUAUAUUAGUGCAGCAUGAUAUGCAUUCGAGUCAGGGUUUAUCGGAUUCGGGAGGAGAAAAAAGAAAGGAAAGAAAAAUAAAAAUAAAAAAGUGGAUCGAAGAUGAGAAUUCUCGGAUUUUUCGAACCUAAACACUUGAUUUGCUUGGGGUUUUUUUCCAAUCACUUGUGCAUCGAUAGAUCGUUGGAUGUGUCCAUUUUUUCUUCUCAUCGUGUUUAUCCUGAAUAUUUUCUCCGUACUUUUCCUUCAGCUCAUCUGUGAGAGUGUGAUGGUGUGAUAAAUUUAUUUAUUUAUUUAUUUAUUUAUUUAUUUUGAACCCUGCAGUUUCUGCCUUAUUGUGCGAAGAAAUGUAUAAAAUAUAAUAAAAUAAUUAUAAAUAAUAUAAUAAGUAACAUAUAAUUAAUUACUUGUUAUAUUUGGCUUAUAUACAGAGCUAUUAAAAAAAUUACUUAAAAAAAAAAACAAUAUGUAGUAACACUUUCUAUGAAGGUCUUAUGAACACAUUUGUAUCAUGUGAUGCGAUAAUAAAUGAUGAAAAUACACUUGAUAAUGCAUUAUUAUAUAGAGAGAGUUUCCAACACUAAAGCUGCACUGUUUAUAUGGCAAUUUGAGACCAGGUUGGAAUUAUUAUUUAUUUAUUUAUUUUAUUUUAUUUUUUCUUGGAAUGAAUUGUACAAGAAAGAUGAUCAGGAAAUCAUAUAACAAAAACAAAAAAAAAACCUGUUUUUAUUUUUUUAUUUUUUUACAUUUCAUGCUAUACAAUUCUUAUUGCAUUUGGAUUUAAUAAAUUAAUAAACAUUUUUUUUAUUUAAAAUAUCUUUCCCUGUAUUUGCUGCAUUAGUAGAACAUAUGAAUGAUUAUAUAUUUGGGCUAUAAUAUCUAUGAUUUUCUGAUAUUUUUUUCUUCACUGUCACUGAAAACAUGAGGAUUAGUCAGUAUUUUGUUUAAAGUAAUGACUUUUAUUUAUUUAUUUAUUUAUUUAUUUAUUUUUAAAAAAAGGUAAAAAAAAAAAACAAUUCAGGUAAAAAAUACACACAAAAAAAGGUUUACACUGGGAAUAAAAUAGAAAUAAACGUAUGAAGUAUAAAUAUUUAAAAUGAAAAAUCAAUCCAAGCAAAAAAAAAAAAUGCAAUGCAAUCCAGUCUGUUAUGUAAUUAAUAAUAAUAAUAAUAAUAAUAAUAAUAAUAAUAAUAAUAAUAAUAAUUACACUAACAACAACAAUAAUAAUAAUAAUAAUAAUAAUAAUAAUAAUAAUAAUAGGUGAUUAAUGUGAUCACAGCUCACUUUGCUGAACGUUUGACAUUAAAAGCCAGUGUGUUUAUGAAGACUUAAUGACACCCGACAGCACAACAUUUUAUACACGAAAAUAAAUUCUAACCUGCUCUUGAAAAAUCACCACAGUCUCUCACUCUGUUUUUAGACAUCACAGCGAUGUUUUCCCACCUUACAUUAUCUGACUUACAUUAUCUGACAUUACGUUAUCUGAAUCUCCUUCAUACUCAUCGUACUUAUGGGACUGAACCUAGGCCUUGUAACAUGUUAUAAACACUAUAAUAAUGCUAUUUAAUGUGUUCUCGUAUAAUUGAUAAUCACUGCCAUUCCUUUCCAUCUUGCUUUCUCAUGAUGCAUUAUCACGUUAUGACUGUAUUCAUAGCAUUAGAAUAUGACCUUCAUAAGAAAGUGUUACUGAAUAUCACCCCAAAGACAACGUACGAUCGCUAUAUAACAGUAGUUCGAUGUUUAAUGACAAAAAGCGGGUAUCGAUAGAAUUUUUAAAAAAAAAUAAAUAAAUAAAAAAGUUUUAUGUAAAUUAUAUAUAGAUGACGUCACAAAUUGCUGCUUUAAAUCUGUAACAUUACGAAGAAAAGAAGCGUCUAUAUUAUAUUAAAGGUAACUUGCUCUAUACUUCUAGAAAUGUUCAUUGUCUGAUGGCUAAAUGACAUUUGAAACAAUUUUAUGCGUUCUUAAAAGCCCGGUUCAUGAAUGAAUAAUAGACAUACACUGUUAUUACGUGUAAGUGUGAACAUUUUUUUUGCUUCAGUUAUUUUUUUGUUUGUUUGUUUGUCCUCGUUUAUUAUCUCUGAAGCUGAAGCCGUUCGAGACUCGGCCCUCAGGGCGGCUGAUGAAGCGUGGAUUUUCGCUUUGGGUGAUGUGAUGUGUAAAUAACGAUUCGAUGAUUUUUUUUUAUUUCAUAUUGAUGAAGUGUGUAUUUCAUCUUUUGGGGAAACGGCGAAAAUGAUGACGUGUGUAAAAGCGGUGGGAUCUGAUCUGUGUUUAUGUUAGACAUUGAAACAAGGUUUAGUGCUUUUUCUUUUGUACUGUUUCUGUAUCUGAGGAAUUGAAGGUGAAUAAAGGAAAGUGUGUGUGUGUGUGUGUGUGUGUGUGUGUGGUGGAGACACUUGCUGUGGUUUGAUUUGGUUCGGUUCGGUUUAGUGAAGUCAGAGACAGUCUGGGAUUUUAAAGAAAAAGUGUCUUUAUUUGGGUUUAUUUGUUAUUCAUUGAUUAAAAAACAACUGAAAUGAG